AUGCCUAAAGUCAAACACAACCGUUUGUUAUUCGAUGUCAAGCACCUUUUUAUCAAUCCCUUUGCUGAAAUUCACGAAAUAGUCCGAUUGCUGCCAAAAGACUCUACCGAAGCACCCAUUCACGAAUUCGGAUUUUCUGUGGCAGUUCCGAACGAAUGUAGAGCAGAAAGAUGCAAGCACCCCAUGGAUAGCUCCAGUUCCGCGCAACACCUUGUACUACACCGCCAAAUUCUACCAAGUACAGCUAUCAAGAGCGAGACUACAGACAGCGAUGGAGCUUCAGACAAUGAUGGAACUGCAAACAAGGAUGAGGCUGCGGACCUCAUCGGCAUUACCUACAAUGUUCACAUCACACUCUGGGAGAAUGGCACGGUCAAAUGUUACGAGGACCUCCCAGUUCUCAUCAAGCCAAAGAUUCAAGCGAUUUCCGUACCCAUGAGAGACUCUAGUGGCAACCAGAUCUCUGCGGAGAAGACAUGGAGCAUCGGCCGCCUCUGCUUGAAGAUAGCCGGCACUGAGACGACCUACCUGGUAUGGCCUCCCAAAGCCAAAAGCGCACCCAUCGUCCUGAUGACGAAGCUUAGCUUCCUGCCAAUGCACCCGCCAAAGAAGAUGCCUCCAAUGAACUACGUGAGAACAAAGCUCAUUCAAAAGACGACCUUCCAGGAGCUCGAUGCCGCCGAACGCAAGAAGUCGACCAAGACCAAUGUCCUGAAUGAAAAGACCUUCGUGGUCGGCCACGUUAAAUGGAGUGAGUACUCCAUGCUGUCGCUCACAGGGGGCUUUGAGUGGGUCCUAUGGGCCCCUGUGCCUAUUCAAUUCCCCCUUGGGGAGAACAUGAUGACUUCGUUCCAGUCAUGCAUUGCUGGACGUGAAUUUUUCGCUCAUGUCAGCUUCUCUUUUGAGGGCAUUGGGCGAGAAAUUGGGAUUGAGGUUCCCAUCAACUUCGACCCUUGCAUCGAGGUCAGCGUGGCCCUGUGA